CAGUAAUCUCUUGGGGAAAGGCUGGCCCGAAAAUUGUAAUUUGUGUUUUCGUAUUUGAUUUGGUCCAAAUUUUUAUAAUUUCAAGAUGGGUUUCGAAACUUGUGGACCAAACGAAGUGAUGGUAUUAAGCGGAUGCUGCCAUGAUAGAUCUGUAUUUAUUCCUGGUGGUCGGGUGUUUGUCUGGCCUAUGAUUCAAAGGUUACAAAGAAUGAGUCUGAAUACUUUGACACUAACAAUUGAAAGUCCUAAUGUGUAUACAAAAGAAGGUGUAGCUAUAUCAGUUACAGGUAUAGCACAGGUACGAAUUCAAGGAUCCAAUGAUGAAAUGUUAAGAGCAGCUUGUGAGUUGUUUCUAGGAAAGACAGAACAUGAGAUUCAGACUAUUGCUAAAGAAACAUUAGAAGGUCAUCAAAGAGCAAUGAUGGGAAACAUGACUGUUGAGGAAAUUUAUAAAGAUCGUAAGAAGUUUUCUAAAGCUGUAUUUGAGGUAGCUUCAUCUGAUUUAAUUAAUAUGGGAAUCACUGUUGUCAGCUAUACUUUGAAAGAUAUAAGGGAUGAGGAGACAGUGUUUAAGGGUUAUCUGCAAGCUUUAGGUCAGGCCCGUACUGCUCAAGUCAAACGUGAUGCAAGAAUUGGGGAAGCUGAAGCAACCAAAGAAUCGGGUAUUAAGGAAGCGGUUGCAGAAGAAAAGCGUAUGGUAGCCAGAUAUGCUAAUGAUAUUGAUAUUGCUAUGGCUGAAAGAGAUUAUAAUCUGAAAAAAGCAGCUUACGAUCAAGAAGUGCAGACAAAGAAAGCUUCAGCAGAAUUGGCCUACGGUUUACAGGCUGCUAAAACAAAACAGAAGAUCCGAGAAGAACAAAUGCAAGUUACUGUUAUUGAGAGAGCUCAGAUGAUUCAGGUUCAGGAUCAAGAAAUCACCAGACGUGAACGAGAAUUAGAAGCUACCAUCCGUAAACCAGCUGAAGCUGAAAAAUACAGAAUGGAAAAAAUUGCUGAAGCUAACAGAGCUAAAAUUGUAAUGGAAGCACAGGCUGAGGCAGAGGCCGUUCAAUUGAAAGGUGAAGCUGAAGCUUUUGCUAUUGAGGCUAAAGCUAAGGCUGAAGCAGAACAGAUGGCUAAAAAGGCUGAUGCCUGGAAAGACUAUCAAGAUGCCGCUAUGGUUGAUAUGGUUCUCGAAACAUUACCAAAGGUUGCUGCUGAAAUCGCUGGACCAUUAACCAACACCAAGAAAAUAACUAUGGUAUCCAGUGGUAAGGGAGAUGUUGGAGCUAUGAAAAUUACUAAUGAAGUUAUGGGUAUCAUGGAGAAACUACCAAGUGUUGUUGAAAAUCUUACUGGCAUUAAUAUUCAAAAGAGUAUGAAAAUAAGUCAAAGAAGAGGUUAAGUUUUCGAUGAAGGGAAUAUUUUUUAUAGCCAUGGAAAAGAUUCCACCAAAAUCAUAAAGAACCAAUAAUCAUAGUUUAUAUGAAAUACAAUAAAGAACAACAUAAUUUUCAACAUUUUUUAACUUUCAAUUUUAUGUCAAUUAAUGUUACCUGGUAUUUUACUGAAUAUGUUUUGUAAUUAUUUUAAUAUAAUGGAACAGUUGUAUAUAAUGUUUUAUAUUUGUCAUACCUCAUUAAUUGUCAUAACUGUUUAAGCACAUAUAGCAGCAAUACUCGAAAUAUUAUAUGGUGUUAUAAAACUGAAUGAAGUGAAACCCUCUUAAAUUAGAAUAGCUGAAAUGUGUUCUUGAAAGUCUUUACAAUUAUGUGAUAACACCUUUUAUUCCUAAUCGUCUUAUGAUUUAACUUUGUUAAUAUAUCUAUUCAUUAUUAUGUUCAUUUAUAGAAUCAUUGAUGUCAAAAUUUCAAUGAAAUUCAGAUCAAAAUUAAAAAUCUUGUAAGAGUUUCAUGUCUGCAUGAUCAGCAUAUUUGGGAUAUUUGUUGAAAAUGAUGCCAAUUAAAGCUUUAGAGUUAAGUGAGUGCAUCACACAUUUGUAAAGUUGUGUAAUUCUUAUAUUUACUGUUAAAAUAUUACUAAUUUGGAUGCUCAAUAUGUUAUGCUCAUCUUACAUUCAAUUUUGAUUCAAUAAACUUUUCACAGAAUGAAUCUGCAUUUUAUAUCAGAGUUUUAUGUAUAAAAAAAAAACUAUUAAAGGAAUAGGCAGCAUAUUCAACAUUUUUAGGACCACAAAGAGAUUUAAACAAAACAUUAAAACCCGAAAAAUAAAUAAGCAAAUAAGCUUGCUUUUUUUGGAAACAAUAUUUAAGUCAUGGAAUGAAAAAGUAAGGGGUCUGUGCAUUGGCAUAUGUAAUGUGUCUAUAAGAAACGUCACUUAGGCAGGGAAUCUGUACAAGCUCAGAAAAUCCAUUGCUUUUCUCAUACUAGAAAUUAAAGAUCAAGAUUUUUAUCUUUUUACAAGUUUCCCUUCAUACCAUUACAGGCCUACUAUAUUUACAAAUCUUAAUUCAAUUUUUUUUGUUAUUUAUUUUUUCCAGUAUUAUGUAUUUUUUUUUAUUUUAGUCAUGUUAGCUUGAUUUAUUUUAAACAUAAUAUAAUCAUUUAAUGUUACAGUACAGUUCAUACCAAUAAAUACUUUAAAAUCAUC